AUGGCUGGCACGCAAGCAAGCACAAUCAUCCCAGCGGACCGUCACAAAGCCAGAGAUCAACCGAGCCCAUGUGCUUCCACGAAGUCCACACCGGGUGCCUGCGAUCCCCUCGAACUCCCCUCGACCGCUUGCAUCGGCCAGAAGAACCUGGAUGCCAGUCGCCGUCCCCACUCACCUUGUUCUCCUGCCUGA